CUUUUGUGCUUAACUCAAAAAUGAAAUAUGUCUUCCUCUGGAUUUGCAUCAAGAAUAAUGGACAAACUUUGCGAUUUCGAGUUGUACUUAGGAGUGGACAGCCAACGUGUUGAUCGUUACUGUGUAAAGCAAUAGAUGCUUCAAUGCAGACAAAAAGAGGAUUGGAAAUUUGGAAAAAUUCUAUGCAACACAUGGACUUUUCCACGAAAGUCUGAGUUCUCUGGAUCUUCGAUUGUACCAAGCACAAACCUUGUCUUUUAGAGGUGGAGCACCCUCAAAGUCUCUGCACACUUGUCAAUGAGGUGUUUCCAUGCUGAUCCUGACAGUAGCAGCUGAGUCCCCUGAAGAUUCCCCUUCAAGUCUCCUAGGCUUCUCCACUCCUGGAGGACGCUGUCGCCCCUGCCAGUUACCAUGCUGCCCUUGUUUGCCCUCCUUGUACACUACCUGCCUCUGGCGCUGGGACAUUAUGACAUCUGUAAAUCCUGGGUGACGUCUGAUGACGGCCCAUCAUGGGAACAUUAUGCCUGCCAACCAAAGCCGAUGGUUAUGAAAGAGUAUGCCAUAAUUAGGGUGGACCCUCCUGGAAUUACAUGUGGGGAUCCAGCAGAGUAUUUUUGCACCCAUGAGAACCCGUACCUCUGCAGUGAUGAGUGUGAUGCCUCCACGCCUGACCUGGCCCACCCGCCUAGUCUCAUGGUGGACAAAGACGAAGAAGACCUAGCCACUUAUUGGCAAAGCGUCACAUGGAAAAGAUACCCAGAGCCGCUGGUAGCUAACAUUACGUUAUCUUGGAACAAGACUAUUGAGUUAUCAGAUGACAUUGUUGUCACCUUUGAGUAUGGACGGCCCACUGCCAUGAUGCUGGAGAAAUCAUUAGACUAUGGCAGAACUUGGCACCCUUACCAAUACUACGCUGAUGAUUGUAUUGAAGCAUUUGGCAUGACCCCCAAGAAGGUGGUGAAUCUCAUAGCAAGUAAUGUCACCCGCGUGCUGUGCACAGAGGACUACUCCCGCUGGGCGGGCUCCAAGAAAGAGAAAAAUGUGCUCUUUGAGGUUCGAGAACGUUUUGCCAUUUUUGCUGGCCCAGAUCUUCGAAAGAUGGAGAACUUGUACACUCGGAUGGAGAGCGCCAAAGGUUUAAAGGACUUUUUCACUCUCACCGACCUGCGGCUACGCUUGUUGCGUCCGGCGCUCGGUGGGACGUACGUGCAGAGAGAUAAUCUGAGAAAGUAUUUCUAUGCCAUUUCUAAUAUAGAGGUCACAGCCAGGUGUAAAUGUAACUUACAUGCCAAUGCGUGUAAUUUUCGUGAGGGGGCCUUGCAGUGUGAGUGUGAGCAUAACACCACCGGACAGGACUGCGGCAGGUGCAAGAAGAGUUUUCGCAACCGCUCAUGGCGUUCCGGCUCUUACACCCCAAUACCUCAUGGAUCUCCCAAUGCUUGUGCAGCAUCAGGUUCCGCUCUCGGCAACUGUGAAUGCUAUGGUCACUCCAGCCGCUGCAGUUUCAUCGACUUCCUGAAUGUGGUGACUUGUGUCAGCUGCAAGCACAAUACCCGAGGACAGCAUUGCCAGCACUGUCGGCUGGGCUUCUACCGUAAUGUGACUGCCGAGCUGGACGACGAGAAUGUCUGCAUACAAUGUAACUGUAACCAGCACGGAUCGGAACAUGAACGCUGCAAUGAAACUGGUGAUUGUGUGUGCCGGCCUGGAGCCACCGGAACCAAAUGUGAUGAGUGUUUGCCCGACUACCACUGGAGGCAAGGCUGCCAUCCCAAUGUUUGUGAUGAAGAACUGCUCAUAUGCCAGAAUGGCGGUACCUGCCACCAAGGCCAGCGAUGCAUCUGCCCCAGUGGCUUUAAAGGGGCCCUAUGCCAGGAUGUCAAAUGUGACUCGACCCACAGGAACUGUGACUCUGCCUCCAGCACCAUGGUCAUCUCAGUUCUGCUCCUCCUCUGUACAAUCUUACUUAGCUUGGAAGGCAUUUAAAGCCCAUGAAUAUUAUUGGCUGAACACACUGCAGGAGGUGUCUACAUGUCAUGUUACUCCCCUGUUAGGAAGAACCAAAAAAAAGUGUGGGGGGGGGGAGGUAAUGAUGGUAACUCAACUUCUGCAGUGCCUUAUCGCCUUGUGACGUGGGACUUACAAAGAAAAAGCCCAUGGCAUUCGUACAAUGUGGAGAUUAUUACUGCUGCAGCCCUCAGGUGGAAGAAGAUUCGUAGUGUGGCCCAUAUAACCUUGAAGGGACACCGUUAGUUGCAAUACCUACCUGCACUUGGCACCAGCUGAGUGUUGAUUCAAAACAAAAUGGAUGUCACCUGAAGCUCCCCUCCUUUAAAUCAGGGCGGAGACUUAGAAAGGUGACAGAUCUCGCAAAGAGGGAAGGUCGACUCUAGAGAGGCCCUUUCCUGAUACGAUGCAGAAAAUGGACCCUGUGCCAAAAACAGUAAAUAUACAAGUACAGAGAUGGUUAGACAAGAUUACCGCACUGGAAUCUGUUACCUUUGCGGAAGGAAGCAUCUGAAUCAUAAUUAUUUGGCUUUGACUGUUUGCUGUUUCUUUUUGUGAUGAGAAUUUCUGCCGAAACUUACCCAGUGUUUUGGGGGGGGCAGGGGUUAGAGAGAGUUGGAGCCAAUUUCUUAUUGUGCAAUCCCACUUAUUGACCCUCAAACAAAUGUUAUUUUUGAAAAAAAGAAUAUACAUACAGUUUUAUGUUUUACUUUUACAUUUUAGUGUAAGAUCUAUUCAUGUUCACUGUGACACGCAAUUACUCUAUCUUUGUGCAGGAGAGAAUGGUUUGGGUGGGCGGGGGUUGAAGAGUUACAGGCACCUCUUUUAGGGUUACGGGUUCAAUGGGACUGCUCCUUUCAAGUGAAGCAGUUCAAAUAGAAAAACAAGAAUAUAUUUAAAAAAAAGAAUAAUCGCAGGGCAGAGUAUGAUAAAAGAAACAGAUUCUAUUGAUAUAUUGUAUAUCCAUUUUCUUUUUGUAGAAGAUUAUUUUUGUUUCGAUGUUAUAUUAAAAA